AUGCCCAAAACGAUGGAUUCGGACUCUGAUUCGUACGAGACAACAGGCGGAAAACUUUCGGCUGCCAUCCUUGAGCCCGCCGUCCUCAUUUUGUCCGGCCAGUCUGUCCUCGCUGAGUCUGCAACUUCGACCCCACUUUACCAAGUAAACAGUGACAUCAGGUCAAUCUCGAACAAGGACUCGUCCGUGGCAGUCGAAAGAGUCGAGCACGAUGUCACUGUUGACACGCCGCAAAAGCGACAUCUUUUCUACCUCGCACACCCUAUGAAUGCACAAUACCGGACUGACAUACCUGCUAAGUACUACAUCACUUCUGCGGUACCCGAGACGGUGGGCAAUAUUCGCCUGGAGACUUCUGAUGCACGGCUCCAAAAGACUUCCUUCAAGGCGAUGUUGAGCGCGAAAAGGACCGCCUCGGAUAAGCCAUUAUUCGUCAACGGCACGCAACAACUCUUAUUGUUUGAUAUCCACCCGAAUCGGAAAGUCUGUGGCAACUGCUAUAAGUGGAGCGACUCCGAUGGCAGACAGCUGGCCGUUGAAGAAAAGGAGAAUGACAGAUAUAGAUUAUCCGUUACGAGGAGCAUGUCGCAGGAGUUGAGGGAUGCACUGGUCGCUACAUGGCUGUUGAGGCUGUGGCACGACACGGCGGAGAGUAAACAAGCUAAAAGGGAAUGUGAGUUGAUUGGGGCUUUGUUACUGUUGAAGCCUUGUCACAGUUACUACGGUCGUGCCCUUUGGCUAACUUCCACUUCCAGUUUUUGA